UAGAAACUUGCAGCGGUGCAGCAGGCAGGCAGGAACGGCUGACGUUGGACAGACCACCACGUCUUUCAGCUUCCUCUCAGAGAAGACCUGCAGAUGCGCCUGACCAGUAGCCCUGCAUCACUUCGACUCCACUGACAGACAAACCCCAGGGACCAGGACACUCAUGUUUUUUUGACGACGCUACAGGUGUUUUAAAUCGGAAGUUACAAUGCUGCCCAUUGUUUGUUUAGUGUUCGUCCUGGCUGGAUCGGGGCAGGCUCAGAGUCAGACCUCAAGGCGGGAAGGCUCAGCCACACCGUGGCGGCAGGUGAUCCAGUGGGAGAACAAUGGUCACACGUUCAGCCUGCUCAACAGUGGGUCAGAAUACGUUCCAGCCGGGACUGACGCCCAGGACCGAGAUCACCGAAUAGUGGUGGCUGACACUCGCCCUCAGUCAUCCCGUAGACUGCAAGGAGGAAACGUCCGGAGACAGGCACCCUCAAGGGGAUCCUCUGAGACAAUUCGCGGGCAGGCCAGACAUCCUUUUGGUUUUGGGCAGGUGCCUGAUAACUGGAGACAAACAUCAGGCUCCACAGGUGGCACAUCCUUCCAGGGUUCCUCCGGCACCCGGGUCAGACAAUCUGCAGGCUCCUCAUCUUCCUACCCUUCAUCACCUUACAACAUACCGUCCUACCCUCAGUAUCCUGUUCCUCAACAGCCUGCCUAUCAACCGGUGCCCUUUGAGCCAAGUUAUGCAGAGGGACCAUACAGGAGCUAUGAGCCACCCUUUCAGCCAGUUCCCAGAGGGGGUUUUAUUGGUGGACCCUACGGCAGCAGCCAGGGUUACACCGGAGGGGGAUACGGUGUUGCCCCGGUUCUGCCUGGCUCACAACCUGAAUUCACAGAUGACGGUUACCAUUUCUACCAAUCUUACAGCUAUGGGGCCAACCCUGCGGCACCCCAACAAGCUACCCAACCUGUCCAGCCACCAUUCUCAGAUGGUCUGGACCGCAGAUACACCCACAGUCUGUACAAUGAGGAUCCAGGCGCCUCCAUCCCUGACAGCAGAGUGGACCAGCCAGGACCUGCUGGUCAAGCGCCGGUACGGAGCCCUCAGUAUGAGCAGUUCCCCCCGUUUGCAAGACCACAACCUCCCUUCCUGCAACCUGUGCCACCUGGCAGAAACUCUCCGAAUGCCGCCAUUGAGCAAACCAAUGUCGGGAGCGUAUACCAACAAGAGCAAAGAGGUUUGCCUGACCUGGUUCCAGAUGCCAAUUAUGUCCAGGCUUCUACAUACAUCCAGAGAGCCCGCAUGUACUCGUUGCGCUGUGCUGCAGAGGAAAAAUGUCUCUCGAGCUCUGCAUACGCACCAGAGACCAACGACUAUGACGUCCGAGUGCUGCUGCGCUUCCCGCAGAGGGUGAAGAACAAGGGCACUGCUGACUUCAUGCCGAACAGGCCACAUCAUACCUGGGAGUGGCACAGUUGCCAUCAGCACUAUCACAGCAUGGAUGAGUUCAGCCACUAUGACCUGUUGGAGGUCAGCUCGGGUCGCAAAGUAGCUGAAGGACACAAGGCCAGUUUCUGUCUAGAGGACACAACGUGCGACUUUGGACACCUAAAGCGUUAUGCGUGCACCUCACAUACUCAGGGUCUGAGCCCAGGCUGCUAUGAUACCUACAACGCCGAUAUUGAUUGUCAAUGGAUUGACAUCACAGACAUCCAGCCUGGAAACUACAUAUUAAAGCUCAAAGUCAACCCCAAAUUUCUGGUGAUGGAAUCAGAUUUUACCAACAAUGUGGUUCGGUGUAACAUCCAUUACACAGGACGCUUUGUUACGACAACCAAAUGCCAGCUCGCACAGUCUUGAUCAGGCACUGGAAGCCCAAACCACCACACAAGAGUGACCCAGACUCCUCUUCCAUCGGAAUGUGAAUGGAACUUGUCGGCUCGCUGUAGUUGUUUGUUUGUCUUUGCUGUUUUAAUUUCAUUUGCGCUGUCUCAGAUUUGGGGGACCCCAUAUUGCGAUGAAGUGGGACCCACUUUUGGCACUGAUUCAAUUGGUUUGUGUUUGUUAUUCUUAGACAGGGGUGGGCAACCUAUAAUCCGUGGACCAUAUAUGCCCUUUCCAUCCCGACCCAAGAGCAUUUGAUCCGAAAUGGCAUCCAAAUUCUAAAUGCAAAUAACAUCUAGUAGGGCAAAUGAAAUGACAACAAAUGCACAAUAUGUAAACAAAAAAAUGAAAAAAAAAAUUUGAUUUACAAGAUUUUUACCUGCAUUUAAUAUGGUCCUCAGAUGCCCCCCACUCCUGUUUUAAGUGAUCAUAUUUUAUAAUGAAUUUUUGUUCGCUGUUAUUACGAGUCAACUUCAACGUCCCAGCAGACUCAUCAUACUAUUAUCAUCCUAGCAUUUUGCUUCCAGACGCUGUGGAAUCUUGUUUUAUCGAUUUUAAUAAUUGUGUGCCAUCAGGUCAGACUGCCUGCAGAGUUUCCAUUUCAACUUGGAAUUAAAAAAAAAUGAUUAUAAUGGUGAAAAUGAUGGAAAAUAAGGAAUAAUGAAAUUGGGUCUCUGAAAUUGUCUGUUUUUUGGGUUGUGGUUACAAUGGGUCAGGCUAGACUGAGUGAAUGUGUGGUGCUCAUCUUGUCUAAUGUGUUGACGGUACUUAUUUUUACCCUGAAAAAGUCAUGCCAAUUUGUUGUUUCCAACUUGUCAUAAAUCCUUAAAUAGAUGCCCUCUCUUAGGGGCAGAAAAUGUAAUUGCCUCCAUUCAUCAAUGAUAUGGUCUAAAAGCACAUCCCGUGGGGCAAAACAAGAAUUUAGUCAGCCACCAAAUGUGGACGUUCCCCGACUUAAAAACUUGAGAAAUGAUAAAAAUAACAAGCCUAGGUAUACAUCAGCUUUUGAAAGACUAUGGCAAAUUAUGGUGGAAAAUAAGCAUUUUUCUCACCUUCAAACAAAAUUUCUGUAACUUCUUCUUUAAGAGGGUUAGAAUUAGCCCUCCACCUAUUACCUCAGUUAAUGGCACCUGCUUGGACUGGCUAUUAUUAUAAAAGACACAAACAUAACCAGACACAGUCAAACUCUAAACUCCACUAUGGCCAAGACCAAAAAGCUGUCGGCACCAGAAACAAAAUCGUCGACCUGCACCAGGCUGGGAAGCUCAAAUUUGCACUAGAUGAAUGUCUUGUUUUGAAGAAAUCAACAGUGGGAGCAAUUAUUAGAAAAUGGAAGACAUACAAGACCACUGAUAAUCUCCCUCGGUCUGCGUUCCACACAAGAUCCCAUUUAGUGGGAUCAAAAAGAUUAGAAGAACCGUGAGCAAAAAUCCCAGAACCAUACAGAACGACUUAGUGAAUGACCUGCAAAAAGCUGGGACCAAAUUAACAAAGGCUACCAUCAGGACACCGUUACAGUACAACCCCAGGGACUCAAAUCCUGCACUGCCAGACGUGUCCCCCUGCUUAAACCAGUACAUGUUCAGGCCUGUCUGAUGUUUGUUGGAGUGCAUUUGGAUGAUCCAGAAGAGGACUGGAAGAAUGUCAUACGGUCAGCUGAAACAACAAUCGAACUAUUUGGUAAAAACUCAAGUUGUUAUGCUUGGAGGAGAAAGAAUGCUGAGUUGUAUCCAAAGAACACCAAAACCUACUGUGAAGCAUGUGAAGAUGAACAUCAUGCUUUGGGCCUGUUUUUCUGUAAAGCGACCAGGACAACUAAUCCGUGUAAAGGAAAGAAUGAAUGUUGUCAUGUAUCGUGAGAAUAUGAGUGAAAACCUCCUUCCAUCAGCAAGGACAAUGGAGAUGAAACGUGGCUGGUUCUUUCAGAGUGAGGAUGAUCCCAAACACAUCGCCCAGGCAACGACGGAGUAGCUUUGCAAAAAGCAUUUCAAGGUUCUGAAGUGAUCUAGCCAGUCUCCAGAUCUCAAUCCAUGGAAAAUCUUUAGAGGGAGUUGGAAGUCUGUUGCCUAGUGACAGAUCCAAAACAUCACUGCUCUAAAGGAAAUCCACAUGGAGGGAUGGGCCAAAAUACCAGCAACAGUGUGUGAAAAUCUUGUCAAGGCUAACAGAAAAACUUUUUUCUGUCAUUGCCAACAGAGGUUAAAUAAAGCAUUGCGACGAAUUUAUGUUAUUUACCAAAUACUUAUUUUCCACCAUAAUUUGCAAAUAACAUCUUUUAAAAUCUGACAAUUUGCCUUUCUGGAUUUUGUCACAUAGAUGAAGUAGAUCCAUGUUGAAAAUUACAGGCCACACUUCAUUUUGAGUGGGAGAAAUUGCAAAAUUAGUGGCUAACUAAAUUCUCUCCCCCACCCCUUCUAUAUAUUACCAAAUUUCCUCAAGGAGUUGCCUUGACUAAUUGACACUGCACCAAUUGCUCCCAAAAUAGGGACAGGAACAACUUCAGUUCAUAGACGCUAUUGUUCCCACAGAAUGCCGUAUCUCCACAAAUAAUGGUCUCUACGUUUAGUAGACGCCUCAUUUCUUUGAAGGUUGCUUCAGUCUCGGGAGAAAUAACCACCUCUCCCCAAAUAGAUACUGUAAUUAUUCCCGUUCGUAGGCGCUAUUGUUCACACAUGCGCGGGAUGUGUCAAAAAGGUUCCAGGACUGGUUUCACAAAAUACUACAAGUUUUCCCUUUGAAGUAAUCGCCCUGAAGACUCGCACACUUUGCCAGCCCUAUCUUGCACAUCUUCAUGCCCUGUUGGAAGGAUUCUUCCAAGAUUCUCCACAGCCACAAGGUCAUUCACGUCUUUGAAACUUGUCACAUUGAUGACCCCUUUAAGAUCCAUACAGAACCACGUCCGGUGAGUAGGGAGAUUGAGCUAGCAUGGAAAAUGGUUUCUCUUCUCUUCAUGAUUUGUGUUUGAGAUUUAUAUCUUUCGUGAAAUCAGUCCUGGAACUUUUCUGACAAUGAAAGGAAUUGAUUAGUCACGCGACAUAUUAGCCUGCCUUGCUCUUUGUUUGACUGCAUUGAGAAAAUAUGGUAAAUCUCAGAUGUAUCACAUUAUCAUCUCAUAAUCUCGUCGUAUAUAAGCCAUACUUGCAUACCGUGGUUUCAGCCAUCACAACCACAUAUACUACAGCGAUGGGGGUUUUAAAUGAUACCUUUAGAUGAGAAAGUACACAACUCACAAAACGUUAAGAGAUUUUUGGCUUUGGGGUGAAAUUUCGGGAUGAGCCUAAAAUAUACAAUACCUUUUGCAGUUGAAUUUAAUUGGAGUUUUGCUAAUCUUAUGAAUGCACGUGUACAACUGUUCAAUAUUUCAGUACUUUUUGCACAAUUUGCUGCUCUCUAGGAGCUAAAUAGCAACAUUCAGAUCAGGUGUUUGAGCCAUGAGUUGACCAAAAUAUUUUCAAGGUUAGCCAUGACUUUUUUUUAACCUUUCUGUGAGUCCUCCAGUCUCUGCAUGUUUGUUGCAACCUGCAUUUUGCCGUUCAGCUCCUUGUUAACGAUCAUAUUAAAGUCAUAUUAAGUUAACUGCAAAAGUAAGAAUGCAUUUUAGGUUUAUUGUGAAGUUUCACCCCAAAGCCGAAUAUCAGGUUUUCUGAGUAGGGUACAAUUCCUUACCAUUAUCAACUACUGGCCUGGCAUGCAUAUUCCAAUGUUUUAAAAAGAAGCUCAACCUUAAGGUGCUCACUUCUAAACAAGGCUCAUGAUUAUUGUAUGUAAGCUGUAUGUUUACACUGUCUUGUUCAACUUCCAACACUGGUCUGGUGGCACAUAUGGUCAUCGAUUCCUUUUUUUUUUUUUUUUUUUUUUUUUUAAAGAAGGUAUAAGCAAAUAUUCCACUGAUGCAUUACUGACUUUAAACAAUGGAUAGGUUUUGAAAUAGUUGUAACUAUUGCUUUUGUUCAGUCCAUGUGUUUUAUGGGUUAUCAGAAUUUGUGUGUGACCUUGUGGGUUGAAUAAAAUACUACAAAUCAGUA